AAACGCACUGCCGUAACCAACUCACACCACAGUGUCCAUCCACACAAACACAAACAAUUCCAGAGUUCAUCAAGUGCUCCAGGAUCAGAGCAAUCUUGCGAGAAUGCCGGUCAGCCGGAUCGCGAUCGGGAGCCCCGGCGAGCUGUCCCACCCGGACACCUUCAAGGCCGCCGUCGCCGAGUUCAUCUCCAUGCUCAUCUUCGUCUUCGCCGGCUCCGGCUCCGGCAUGGCCUUCGGCAAGCUGACGGACGGCGGCGCGACGACGCCAUCGGGCCUGAUCGCGGCAGCGCUAGCGCACGCCUUCGCCCUGUUCGUGGCCGUCUCGGUCGGCGCCAACAUCUCCGGCGGGCACGUGAACCCGGCGGUCACCUUCGGCGCCUUCAUCGGCGGCAACAUCAGCCUCCUGAAAGCCAUCGUCUACUGGGUCGCCCAGCUGCUCGGCUCCACCGCCGCCUGCCUGCUCCUGCAGAUCUCCACUGGCGGCGCCUCCGUGGGCGCCUUCUCCCUCAGCGCCGGCGUCGGCGUCUGGAACGCUGUCGUCUUCGAGAUCGUCAUGACCUUCGGGCUCGUCUACACCGUCUACGCCACCGCCGUCGACCCCAAGCGCGGCGACCUCGGCGUCAUCGCGCCCAUCGCCAUCGGCUUCAUCGUCGGCGCCAACAUCCUCGCCGGCGGGGCGUUCGACGGCGCCUCCAUGAACCCCGCCGUGUCGUUUGGGCCCGCCGUGGUUAGCGGCGUCUGGGAGAACCACUGGGUCUACUGGCUCGGCCCCUUCGCCGGCGCCGCCAUUGCCGCACUCGUCUACGACAUCGUCUUCAUCGGACAGAGGCCACACGACCAGCUGCCCAGCGCCGAAUACUGAAGAAGCAGUAUACAAGUUUCAGUCGUCUUCAGUAAGGUUCAGGGAAUUUGAUCAACAAGUGUCUUCGUCUUCAGUUCAGUAUGUUGAUUUCAAGAAUCAGCAAAGUAAGCACUGUUCAUUAGUUUCAAUAUAGUCCCACUGCUGUAGUGUCUCUUUAUUUGUCAUCGAUCGGUCAGUGUCUUGAGAAGUUCAUGAUGGGUACGUUACGUAGUGUGUGUGAUGUGGAGUUCAGUCAAGAAUAAAUCUCAUCUUGGAUCUCUCCUCAAUUAUGCAUAUGCAAGCAAGCAUGUGCUUCCAUUCCAUGCAUGGUCAAGAUUGAUGUUUAUUGAUUGUACAACCCCUGCAUGUGGCGUGUGUGUGUCUAGAAAUUUUCAUGUCUUGCCAA